CACGCCACGAUACAGCAUCAUCUCUGAUCCAAUCUUGUUUGGUCUGUCUGUGAAUCCAAAAAUGAGAAAACGCGUCGUUUAUGCUUGGGCAGUAGCUCUUAUUUGCUUCAUAGUACUCAUGAUUGUAACCCCAGCUAUUCCUCAGUCCCAAGAUUAUCAUAAUUUUGCUGAUCAACGCACCUUCUUUGGUAUUCCCAAUGCACUUAACGUCAUCUCCAAUUUCCCUUUUCUCAUUAUUGGUCUCAUUGGACUUGUACUCUGUCAUCAUGGAAAUUAUUUUAAGCUCAGCUUGCAAGGUGAACUAUGGGGUUGGACAUGCUUCUAUGUUGGUGUGGCUGCUGUUGGAAUUGGAUCUUCAUACUACCAUCUCAAGCCAGAUGAUGCUAGUCUUGUCUGGGAUAGGUUACCUAUGACUGUUGCUUUUACGUCAAUCAUUGCGAUAUUCAUCAUUGAGCGAAUUGAUGAAAGGAAAGGAAUGAUCUCAAUUAUACCUCUUGUUUUGGCUGGUGUAAUAAGUAUCGUGUAUUGGAGGUUCUUUGACGACCUCCGUCCAUAUGCUUUGAUUCAAUUUGUACCAUGCAUUGCAAUUCCACUCAUGGCUAUUUUGUUGCCUCCAAUGUACACUCAUUCAACUUAUUGGCUCUGGGCUGCAGGAUUUUAUCUUCUGGCUAAGGUGUUAGAGGCCACUGAUGAUGUCGUCUACAAAUGGACUCAUCAUAUUGUCAGUGGUCAUACACUUAAGCACUUGUUUGCAGCAAUGGUUCCUGUCUUCUUGACAUUCAUGCUUGCAAAGAGGAGUGUGGAACCUGAGAGGCAAAGUUUGUUUAAGGUAUGGAGGAUUUCCUGGACAAAGGUCAAAGAAGGCGACUCCAAUGUUGAGAGCUACACUUACUCAAGGGUGGAGGUUGAAGAACCACAGUAAUGUCUGUCUACUUUCCUAUCAACCACAAAAAUGCUUAUACUGGAUUACAGAAUAUAUAUCAUACUUGAUCUUGGACUGAGUAAAAAAACCACAGUAAGCUAACUUUCAUACAACGUUAACUGUAAUUAGCUUACAGUUUGUAUAGUUCCUGAUCCUUAUCAUAUAGCAAGGACCUUUUUAGAUUUCAAUGUGAAGUGUUGUCUAGUGCAAUACUGGUAUUUUUCCACCUGUAUCAUACACUUGUAGUGCUUGUUGGCACGAGAAAUCGUUCCAACUAUUUCAAUGAUAUGUUAGACCGUGUUUACAGAACUUACGGGAA